AUAUCCCUCCCUCGUUUCCCAAUCCACGAAACCUCCUCUCUCUCGCUCGCUUUAAAACUCCAGCCCCACUCUUCUUUCUUCCCACCAAUCUCCUCUUCCUAAAACAAAAGGAAAAGGAAAAACGAAAGCCAAAGAAUGCCGGCAGAGAGCUUGGCCCAGGGGGGCCAGAUCAAGACGGUGGUGGUACUGGUCCAGGAGAACCGGUCGUUCGACCACAUGGUGGGCUGGAUGAAGUCUCUCAACCCGGAGAUCGACGGCGUCACCGGCCAAGAGUCCAACCCCCUCUCCACCACCGACCCCAACUCCCCCGUCAUCCACUUCGGCGACCGAGCCACGUACGUCGACCCGGACCCGGGCCACUCCAUCCAGGCCAUCUACGAGCAGGUCUAUGGGAUCCCUUUCUCGGCCGGCGAGACCCCCAUCACGCCGCCGGGGGUGACGGAGCCGCCUAUGAACGGGUUCGCGCAGGAGGCCGAGAGGGAGAAGGAGGGGAUGUCGGAGACGGUGAUGAACGGGUACCCGCCAGCGGCGGUGCCGGUGUACGAGGCACUGGUACGGGAGUUCGCGGUGUGCGACCGCUGGUUCGCGUCGAUCCCGGCGUCGACGCAGCCGAACAGGCUGUACGUGCACUCGGCGACGUCGCACGGGCUGACGAGCAACGACACGAAGAAGCUGGUGGAGGGGUUGCCCCAGAAGACCAUCUUCGACUCGCUCUACGAGGCCGGCUACUCUUUCGGCAUCUACUACCAGUACCCGCCCUCCACUCUCUUCUACAGGAAUCUGAGGCAAUUAAAAUACAUUGGCAACUUCCAUCAAUUUGAUCUGGACUUCAAGAGGCACUGCAAGGAAGGGAAGCUGCCCAACUAUGUCGUCAUCGAGCAACGCUACUUCGACCUCAAAAUCCUGCCUGGGAAUGACGAUCACCCCUCCCAUGAUGUCUCGGAGGGGCAGAAGUUGGUGAAGGAGGUUUAUGAGGCACUGCGAUCUAGUCCUCAGUGGAAGGAAAUCUUGUUCAUAGUAACCUAUGAUGAGCAUGGAGGCUUCUACGACCAUGUCCCAACCCCUGUAGGGGUUCCAAGCCCUGAUGACAUUGUGGGUCCCGAGCCGUUCUACUUCAAGUUUGAUCGCCUUGGCGUCCGUGUCCCAACCUUAUUUAUUUCCCCGUGGAUUGAACCUGGAACAGUGGUUCAUAGGCCAUUAGGGCCAUACUCCUCAUCGGAGUUUGAGCAUUCUUCUAUUCCUGCAACCGUGAAGAAAAUUUUCAAUCUGAAGGAGUUUUUGACCAAACGUGAUGCAUGGGCUGGCACAUUUGAAAUUGUUCUCACACGGACGACCCCAAGAACAGAUUGCCCAGAAGUCUUGCCUGAACCUAAGAAGAUGAGAACGACUGAAGCUGCAGAGGAUGCAAAGCUGUCAGAGUUUCAGCAAGAGUUGGUGCAGCUGGGAGCGACACUAAAUGGUGAUUGCACGAAAGAAAUUUAUCCACACAAACUGGUGGAGGGCAUGACAGUUGCAGAGGGUGCUCAGUAUGUCCGUGAUGCCUUCAAGACAUUCUUAGAAGAAUGUGAGAAUUGCAAGAAGAAGGGGGCAGGAGAUUCACAUAUUGUAGUCGUGAAGCCUGCAAUGGAGCCAGUUGUUCGGAGGAAGAAAUCAUUUGCUCAAAAGAUGUUCGCUUGUUUGGUAUGCAACCAAUCCUAGCCUGGUCAUCUAUAGUUUGGUUUGAUGAAUCGGUUGAUCUAUUUGAUUGGUUUGUAAGAAAAAAAGACAAAAUUGUUGAUUGAAUGGUAGGAGACAUCAGUCAUCACUGAUAGCAUGUCAUGUUUAUAUGCAACAAGUUCUUUCAUUGUAUAGCUGUGAUGAUAAUAAAAGAUGAAGUGCUUCUGUCUUGGAUA